GUGACCCGCAGCUGGCUGCGGGCUCGCAUGGCUACAACGGCACCACAGGCUCAGCACCCUUGCGGUCGCGGCUUUUCGACGUCGACGUGCCAGCGGUGGAGGCCGUGCCAGCUGAAUGCCGGCCAGGCUGGUCGAACCUGGGCCGGAAGAAUCCGCAAGAGCAUGGGAUCGUGGUGGGCAAGGGCAUCGGUGUGGGCAAGGAGCACACAGCAGUUAUGAAGCCGGACGUGCAGAGCUUCAACUUGGAGGAGUUGUUACAUGGUGGAGCUCUGCCACACGGCAUGGGACCCUGGACGACGGUGUUUCAGGCUUUGGGUCGUGGAAACCGCAUGCCAGCGGAUGAGUUGAUGAACAUCAUGGACAUGAGCGGCGUGAGUGGCGAGCUCUCCGCGGCUUACAUCGAUCCGCAGUUGAGGAGCGAGCUUGGGAACCAAACCGUGAAGCAGCAGAUUCAGAAGUUGAGCAAUGACACCGGGAUGCUCAUGAAGGCCGUGCACCAAGACCCCCUGGUGCAACAGCUGGCGGCGAUGGACCCGGCCAUGUCCAAAAUUAUCAGCAGCCCAAGUGCCUUGAAGAAGAUCUUCAGUCCUGAGCUUUUGGACCAAGUGCAGCACGGAGAGAUUCCGGACGAAAGUUGGAUGCAAACUAUCCUGGAUUCCGCCGACUCCGAUGGGAACCGGCACAAGGCAUCCAUGGCAUCACCUGCGAGAGCACCCGCCGCCUUAGUGCUGGAGAACGGGUUGAGGCUGAAGCAGGUGCGGCCAGGAGACGGGAAGCACUUCCCGCAGCAGAAGGAUCUUCUCACGGUGCAGUACGCAGGAUAUCUGACGGAUGGCACGCUUUUCGACCGCGGCGAGUUCGGCUUCGAGCUCGGCGCUUCCGAGGUCAUCCGGGGCUGGGAGAUAGCUUUGCCCCACAUGAGCCUCGGCGAGCGUGCCGCUCUGCAGGUGCCGGCUGCCCUUGGCUACGGGGGUGCAGGUAAAGGCCCCAUUCCGCCCGGGGCCGACCUGAUUUUCGAUGUGGAACUUCGCAGCAUCAACAAGCUGGCAGCACCUGCCGUGGCAGUGUGA